AUGGAUGGUGAUGUGAGUUCAGAUCUAAUGGAAGGGGUUGAGAAUAAGGAGCAAUCUGUUCCCAUAAAUAUAGAUGCUGAUGAACAACCAACUCCUCAGAAUCAUAUUCCAAGUGAAAAUGGCAGUGAUAAACAUCAAAAUGCAGAAAUCCACGUGGGAGAAGAGGAAAUAGUAAUGAAACGAAAACGAAAAAAAACAUCAAAGGCAUGGGAUGGUUUCACUGUAGUGGCUUUAUCUAAUGGUACCAAAAAAUCCCAGUGUAAUCAUUGUAAAACAAAGCUAACUUAUGGUGAUAGCAGGACUACAUCAACAUUAAAAAGGCACUUGCUUAUAUGCAAGCCACAUAAAGAUUAUGAAGAAAAGCAGAAUUUAUUGAAUUUUCCACAUAUUAGGUCUGAUGGGGAUACAGGACAUGAGAAGCUUCCUUCAUUGAUCAGGCCUGAUGCAAAAUUGCAAAAACGUGUCUUGAGUUUUGUACAUGUUCCUCCUCCUCGUACCGGACUUGAUAUUGCUGAUGGUAUUUAUAAAUGUUUGAAGCAUUGGGAAAUUGAGGACAAGAUAUUCACGAUAUCUGUAGACAAUGUUGCAUACAAUGACAUGGCAUUGAGAAGACUGAAAGAAUUUUUUUCUAAAGUAAGAAAACUCACGUGUGGUGGUAGGUUAUUUCAUGUUAGAUGUUGUGCACACAUUUUGAACCUUCUUGUGAAAGAUGGUCUUGCUAUGAUUGAUUCUGUUAUCGGGGAAGUUCGUGAGGGUAUAAAAUAUAUUAACAAUUCUGAGGCGAGACUUCAAACAUUUUCAAAUAUUGCACAUCAACUGCAAAUACAAGAUAGAAAGUUAUUGCUUGAUGUUCCAACACGAUGGAAUUCAACCUAUGAUAUGUUGUUGGUUGCAUUAAAAUUUAAAGAUGUUUUCCCAAGAUUUGCGGAGUACGAGCCACAUUUCCAUCACCUGCCUAAUGAUGAGGAGUGGGCGCAUGUGGAGAGUGUAUGUGAAAUCUUGAAGCAACUUAUUUUCAGGUAUGCACAAAAUGUCAUUUUUGGAAGUGAUUAUCCAACAUCCAAUCUGUAUUUGAUUGAGGUGUUUAGAGUAAAAGAAACUUUGGAUAAAGGUACUCUAUCAAAAAAUGAUUUCAUUAGGACUAUGGUGACUAAGAUGAAGGAGAAGUUUGACAAAUAUUGGGGGGAGUGCCAUCUUGUUAUGGCUAUAGCUUCAGUGUUAGAUCCAAGAUUCAAAAUGAAGUUAGUAGAAUUUAGUUUCCCAACCAUAUACUCCAAUGCUGAAAAGAACAUUGAAGAAGUGAAGAAAGCACUUUAUGAAAUGUAUGAGGAGUAUUUGGAAAUACAUGAUGCAUCAGUCCGAGAAGCUGCAACGCCUGCAAAUGGAUGUGGAGGAAAUGAAGUGUCAAAAACAACAUCACUCGGGUCAGGAUGGGAGGCUUUUGGGGAGUUUAUAAAAAAUACAGAUUUGGAGCGACCAGAAAAGUCAGAAUUAGAUAUGUAUUUGGAAGAAGAUAUUGCUGGAUUGAAUUUGCUUCAAGGAAGAUUGACUUUUGAGUUUUGAUAAUAUGUUAUGUUAAAAUUUAAUCGUUUUAUAGCAUUUUUGUAAUUUAAACUUCCAUGAUAGGAAGACUUUCUUUUGGAUGAUUUAAUUACAUUUUAGGUUUGUUUGUUGGAGUUUAAAACUUAUCUAAUCUGAAGAUUUUAUUUAUGCAUCUUGGUUGGAAUUUAAGUAGUC